AUGACGGUCGCAAGGAGUGUAAGGCACACCGCUCCCACGCCGAUAUCCGCUGUUUCAGUGAAAGAAUCGAAUACUCUCGACGGCCGUCCACUCACCCCCGAUAUCCAACUCGCCCCACCCGGCAAGUAUCCUGCCUCAUUGGCAUGGCUAUCCGACGUUUCUGUUGCAGACGUCAAACUUGCCCGCUUUAACAAGUAUACUGGUGCACCUGCAUCAUCACCCGACGUUGAAGGUGCCCCACUUGACCAGUAUACUGCUGCAUGGGCAUCCAUAUCUGACGUUUCUGCUCCAGGCCCAAAGGUCGCCCGGUCUGGCAAGUAUGCCGAUAGUUCGAUACCCGAAGUCAAAGUAGGACAACCUGCCCAACAUGCCGCACCAUCUUCAUCAAUAUCCGACGCCAAAGUGCGGUCACCUGACAAGUAUGUUGAUGCAUCGGCACCAGUACCCGAAGUUGCCGCUGGCCGACCCGACCUGUAUGCUGGUACACUGGCAUCACUAUCCGACGUUUCGAAUGUACACGUCAAAGCUGCACGACCAGACAAUUAUGCUGACGCGUCGACAUCAACACCCACGACAACCAAACCCCCGGUUACUACAAAGCAUUCGCAAACAAAAGGCGGGGGUACAAUCGACGAUGUGCUCGAAGGUUUGCACCGGGGUGGUGCAUGCAUCGGCGGCUGGGGCUCCAAGGCGUGUUACGACGGGAUCAUCCGGCUCGCGUUUCAACGGCAGCAGUUCCGAACAGUGGUGCUCGUCGUCGUGACUGACGGCACCUACGAUGUCGUCCUUAACUGGUGCGCAAGCAUGCUGCGGAUACAUCUUGACAACUACAUCCUCGUCGCCCUCGACGAAGACGCGCACGGCUUUUUCCGGGAACGCGGCGCGCCGGUUGUGCCGCUACUGCGAGGCCCCUGCGAGAGCGAGGUGGAAAAGUCGGACGUUUGGAUACGCCGCACGCUCGCGACGUACAUGAUUUUGAAGCACGGAAUGGAUGUGCUGGUGUGCGACGUGGACGCGGUGAUGAUGAAGUCGCCGUUCACGAGCGUGCAUUCGCACUUUCACGACGGGACUCUCGACAUGAUCUCCUCGCCGUCCAACUUUCCGAACCCGACGAAAGGAGAACUGCCGGACGCUUGCCCCUCCCCGGGACCUGGGAGGAUGGAGUGGAGGCACUGGCCGUGCAUGGGGUGGAUGCUGAUGCGGUCGUCUGCGCAAAUGCGAGAGUUCUUCUUGGAUUACGUUCUGCGGGAUGUGUUGCUUUAUGGAGACGAUCAGAUUGGAUUCAACUGCGCAGUGCGAAGGGCAGGGGCUGAGUGGGAGGAUGGGGUAGAUUGGAAUGUAAGGAAGGCCGUGCGGAUCAGCUCGAAGAGACCAUGGUUGGAACUGAUGAUGCUGCCUGGGUCGCAGUUUGUGAGGAAUUGUACAGAGUUUGCGCAUGAGAGGAAGCGAGGGUAUGGGAUGCGCGGUUUCGAUGAAGCGGCGGUUGAGCUGUAUCAUUGUAAGGGAUACCAUAAGAAAGCAAAUGCUGUUAACAAUGAUUUUUGGUUUAUUCACGAGGAUUGGGAAGAUGUUUCUAUGGAACGAACACAGUCGUUUUCAUCGUACCUGCUGUCAAUCUCUGUUAUCAACAGGGGGUCUGCAGGUGCAAGAUAGAAGGAUAAAUGUCAAGUACCCUUGGUACUGCGCAAUUAAAUAUUUGGCUUGACACGA